GAUACGUCAAGUUAGCGAAUAACUGAGAAAAUUAAUCGCACAAGAUCUCGGUAAGUUCCUUGAUUAAACAUCCACUAUACAAGUUACUGUGUGAAAACUAAUGAAAAUACAUAAUUUUUCAAGCUACAAGUGCAAAAAACUGACCUACAGAUUGCGAAUCCAUGUGCAUCAAUUGAUUUGAAUUAAUUAUUUGUCGCCUGAUCGUAUGACAGUGGUGAAUUCAGCCUCGCAUUCAUGGUAGGGAUGGAUGGGGGAAGGUGUUAUGCAACUUCUCCAUGCUCGAUUUCGCAAGAAAGCCCUCAUUUGGAUAUUUUUAAUAAAGUUAAAAGAUUUAGACAAAAAUCUGUAGUGCAUGCAUAAACUCUCAACUUCCGGCUGCCGUCCGCUUCGGUGCGCACAUAGUCAUAGACAUGUCUACAUAUCUACAUGUUAAGGGUAUUAAAAAGUGCUAAAGGCGAGCGUGAUCCGUGAAUUUAAGAACCAGUGUGAAGCUUAAUUUUCCUCCUUAAAUAUACGCGACCCGAAAGUUUUUUGUUUCAUUUCGUGAAAACUCAAGAUUUCCCUGAAACCUCGAAAGGUUCACUAAAGUGCCAACCCGGAAAGAUGAGCGAACCUUUCGUAAUAGUAACGCCAGUCAAAUCCAGUCACGCAAGAGAUUAAAGGUGAAUUUAUUGUCACCUCGUCAAGUUUCCAUUUUCGAUUAAGGUUUUUUCCGAGCAACGUCCAGUUAAGUAUAAAUUGUAUCACAUCCCUAUUAGGUCGUAUCUCCAUUUUAUAGCAAAACGACCCUCAAGAUGACUUGUUAGAGCAAGAGCCGGGAAGUCUGGGUAUUAGUUCGAAUGAGGGUGACUUGCGAAGACUGGUGACUUUAAAGAUGGCCACCUUGGUUGUUCGACGGAUUUUAAACAAAUCUCUUUCCUUCGGUCCUCCUACAGGCCGUAUUACAGCUAAGUUACGCUUCCUCAGUGACCAAGUAGCCACAUGGACAACAGAAAAAUUCGAUGAAGUCGUAAAGAAGGACAAAGUGGUGGUUUUCAUGAAAGGAGUUCCUGAGCAACCAAUGUGUGGUUUUAGCAAUGCUGUUGUUCAGAUUCUUCGGAUGCAUGGUGUCGAAGGUUAUGGAGCUUAUAACGUACUAGAAGACGAGGAACUGAGGCAGGGAGUGAAAGAAUAUUCGAGCUGGCCGACAGUUCCUCAAGUCUACAUUGGAGGAGAAUUUAUCGGUGGAUGCGAUAUUGUGUUACAGUUGCAUCAACAAGGUGAAUUGAUCGAGGAACUGCAGAAAGUUGGAAUAAGAUCUUUGUUACUGGACAAAGCCGAAGAGGAUAAAAAGGACACUUAAGCUUGAGAAACUUGUACAAUACGAUUCGGCGCUGGCCUAACAUUGCUUCGAACAAUCUUGAACAUCCACCAUAACCAUGGAUGACGUAAUAGUUCUCAGACAGUUGAACCAAGUUCAGGGCGACUUGCACAAAACUGAGUUGGAUAACAGGAAAAAAAAAAAAAAAUUACAUCCAGGUUCGAUGUCAUCUUUGUUUGCUUUGGUCCUGAACACGUAAUGUCAAAAUUGAACUUAGCUGUAUGAAUUAAGGUGGUAAGUUUACUGAAGAAACUAUGAUGCUGUUCUAGUGGACAGUAUUAUGAGUGAAAAUACUUUGGUUUUAUUGAGUGAGUUGAUAAUCUUAAUUGGCCACUUAAAAAUUUAUUUCUGUAAGAUAAUACAGCAGUUUGCUUAAUUGGAGCCAAUAUUACAGAAACAUCUCAUAUCACCAGUACAAUUGUAACAGGCCACAGCCUCUUAUGAGCUUUGUACACAAGUCUAAGUUGCACCCUUAAUGCAUCAUGCUACAUGCCAUUUGUACCGUCUGUUAAACACUGAGCUAGUAAAGAUAUCUUGCUGAAGAUUUCUUGUCCUAUUGGAUUGCAAAAUCAAUCAUCCAUUGUGUCAUGUGCAAAGAAUGUUAUGGUCCUUUUAAGGCCCCAUUUAUAUGAUCUUGAGUAACUGUAACAACCCCCCCCCCUCCACUGAGUUAUGCUAGGCAAGCUAACCUUUCACUUACUUCUUUACAAAAUUCAGUCCACCACUCACAUGAGGUUGUCAACUUAUCUCAGGUCAGUGGGUCAACUAAAGGAGGGGAGAAAGGGGGGUGAGUUGUCUCACUUUGGCAGGUAGGCUAGCCCUGGCAGGCAGGACAACUUUUUCUCAUGACAUGAGACAUGACAACUUAAUUUGAAGAUGUG